UCCGCCCCCGCCAGUUCCCGGGGUUGGUGUGGCCCGGGACAGCAUGGCUGCCGCAAUCCGCCUGCCGAAGCACGGCCUUCUGCAGGCGCUGCGGAGUUCGGUGUAUCCUGGGGUGGGAGGCUCAGGCUUCACGUGCUGCCGCUGCCCUCUCGGAGCUAAAAGAUACCUACUUACAGAUAGUAUUGUGAAAUUGGAAGAAUUUCAGCACAAGAAGGUGGCUAUUGCAUAUCAUCUUCCUGGCACCAAAGCAACCUAUCUGAGAAACAUGGAAGAGAAAUUGACUCAGAACAAACUCAUCUUGAAGGAGGAGCUGAAAACCUUGCUUCAUUUGUGCGAUUCCAGGGACGAUAUGGAACUGGUUAAAAAUGUCAUUUACAGGUACCAUGCAGAGAACAGAAAUGUGACUUUCGGAGAAUAUAAAUUUGGACCACUUUUCAUGAGAUUGUGCUAUGAGUUGGAUCUUGAGGAAUCUGCAGUGGAACUCAUCAAAGACCAGCAUUUACGAGGUUUCUUCUCAGACUCCACAUCAUUCAAUAUUUUGAUGGAUAUGUUAUUUAUCAAAGGCAAAUAUUCAAGUGCAUUGGAAGUACUGAUAGAGAUGAAAAACCAAGAUGUGAAGUUCAACAAAGAUACCUAUGUCCUUGCUUUUGCGAUUUGCUACAAACUGAAUAGCCCUGAAUCUUUAAAAAUCUGUACUACAUUACGAGAAGAAGCCCUGAUCAAAGGAGAAGUCCUCUCCAGGAGAGCAUCCUGUUUUGCUGUGGCAUUAGCUCUUAAUCAGAACAAGGUGGCGAAAGCAAUAUCCAUUUUUUCCCAAAUCAUGAAGCAAGAAAACAUACUGUGCACUAAUUUAAAUAUUUUGAUUCAUAUCCAGGCAAAUAUGUUGAAAACCCUCAUAGAGAUACUAAAGGAUGCAGCAGAAGGAAGUUUAUCAAAAUUUGUGAGAAGACAAGAGUUCUCAGAAGAAGUGGCAGCAGGACAUCUUGUUGAAGUACAUCUCAAAAAAAGGCAUAACCCCUGCAUGUGACUGCCCUACAACUCGAAUGGAUUUUGAAUCCACGAAUCAAAGUCACACGCCUGGCAACCCAGGAGAACCUCCUGGUAUGUCCCACAGCACUCUACGGGGACACAUUGUGUCGCCAUUAAGUUCAAGAGGAUUAAGGAGGCCUUCACUUUCAUGGCUGGAAAUUACUGAAUUAAUACCAGUUUAAAGAAUACGUUCUGUCGCUGGUGGCAGGAUGGCCACAUGCACGUCCGAAGAUAAUUCAACAUGAAUGCUGCUCACUGAGAAGCCAGAACGGAUGAAACAGCUCCACAUGAGGCUUUUGGGCCACAGGGUUUAUCUCCCUGUGUAAAACUGUGGAGAGCAGAGGAAAUGUCAUCUUCAAUUUAGAUGAGCACAGCGUUUUCUUUGACACACUGAUGCUGAAGUAACAAGGAAUUUAACAACAACAGGGCUCGGUAUGGUAGGGUUUAAAAGGCAAAGGCAAAAAUCCUGCUAACACUUAAUGAGACUUAACCAUUGUCAGGCUCUAUACAAAGCACUUUAUAUACAGUAUCUCAUUUAACCCUCAGGAAAACCCCAUUUCACAGAUGAGGAAACAAACUGAGAAGUUAAGUGCUUGGCCAUUGAUGUAAUAGCAGGGAGUGGGCACGCACAGUUAGUCUGAUGCCAAAGCUCACAUUGUUAACUCUGUCUGUGUAUUGUUGUGCCCAGAUGGUGGCUCUGUGUGUGUGUACAUGCGUGUACAUGCUCAUAGGUGCACUUUUCAGGAAAGUUUGUGCUAUUGAUUCAGUAGAACCUUGAAGGGGCCACGCAGUAAAAACAGUUAAGGUAUAUAUGCAUGCACACAGACAUACAUAUAACAUGCAUACGUUACAUGUACAAAGAAACACAUAUACAUAUGUAAUGUUUGUGUAUGAUGUAUGUUUGGAUUUUUUUCAGUAAUCCCUCCCUGCCUUCAGGCCUUGCUUUUAUCACUGGUAUGCAGCUGAAGAACUUAGGUAGACAGCAGAGGGCGCCCAGAGUCACUAUUUUUAAAAAAGUGUUAGUUUUUGAAAGCAUCUUCCAUUUCUGGAAUUCAGAGAGAACAGAGGUCCACAGUGCAGUCGAGGUGGGAAAGGUAGAUAGACCUCAGCGAAGAUAUAGAAUGCUGCCUUCACUAAAAUUGGAGAAUUACUGUGUUGAAAGGGUGUUUUUAGAAGAGAGAAAACAGGAUGACCCUCUGUAGAUAGCAUUCUGAUGCAUGUGUGUGUGGGGGGGGUGGGGAGCAUAUGCUAGAUGUUUCAUGGAAAAAUAUCCUCAGCUCCUUAUGAAAGAAAAAGAAUGAGCCUUUGUUUCACUUGCAAAAGUUUCCUCCUAAAUUAAGAAUAAAGAACCCAGAAUGAAUUGUUUGCAGUUACUUACUAAAAUCAUACUGAUCUGUUAGAGAAGUGAAAAGGAAUUAGGCUCUAAAUUAUUUAAAUUAUUUGUUCUGUCUUUCUACCCUACUCAAAUCCAUCAAAUCGCAGCAACCGAUCUCCUCCAGCCAUCGUCAUGGAGUUACUAAGUCUUGGAGAUUUCUCCUUUAAAAUAAGGGAGACUUCAGUAUCCUGGUAUAUUUAUCACUGCCCAUUUCUAGGAAUAGGUCGAAGAUCACCUUUUCAUUAUCACAAACCUUUAAUAUGCAUUGAGAAUUCACAGAAUACUAAUUAUUACGGUGGGAUAGGGAAUUCUGGUAAAGGAUGUCCCUGACAGACACCCAAGCCUGGGAGGAGGGGAGUGCAGAUGUUCUUGCUCAAGAUGACUUGUUCAUGAGUAUACAAUAGAUAACUCUCAGGUUACCACCAAAAGUACCUAGAGGAGGGGCGCCUGGCUGGCUCAGUCGUUAAGCAUCUGCCUUCAGCUCAGAUCAUGAUCCCAGAGUCCUGGG